UAGAUAUCAGCAAUAAAUAAUGCACUAGUACAGAUCAUCUGUGACUAUGCAAAGGCCACAGAUAAGAUUUAUAGUUAUCGUUCUUGUUUUCUAAACCCAGAAAGUUGAUCAAAAUCAAACACCUGAGUCUAAAUCAAACCUCAAAAAAACCACUACUGUUUCAACAAACCAACCAUAUUGUUUGGUUGAGUUGCAGAGAAAAAUACACAUAGAUAGUUGUUCAAUGGGGGGUGACACAUGGAAGGCCCAUUUCGGCAUGGCGCUUGUGCAGCUACUAUAUGGUGGCUACCAUGUCAUCACCAAAGUGGCCCUUAAUGUUGGAGUCAACCAACUUGUCUUCUGCUUCUAUAGAGAUCUCCUUGCUCUCAUCAUCCUUUCUCCAGUUGCUUUUUUCAAAGAAAGACAGACAAGGCCACCCAUUACUAAGAAGCUAUUAAUGUCAUUCUUCUUUCUUGGAUUAACUGGGAUAUUUGGUAACCAGCUCUUGUUUCUUAUUGGAUUAAGUUAUACUAAUCCAACUUAUGCUGCUGCCUUACAACCAGCUAUUCCUGUCUUUACCUUUCUCUUUGCUGUCAUAAUGAGCAUAGAAAGAGUGAAUUUAAAGAGCUUUGAAGGUCUGGCAAAAGUUGGAGGAACUCUUAUCUGUAUUUCCAUUAAUAACUUUCAGGCACCGGUAUUAAAAAAGUAUCCUGCAAACCUAUCUGUAACAUCGUAUUCAUUCUUCUUUGGAGUUGUACUAAUGGCAAUAGUCUCGUUAUUCAUGACCGAUCUAUCAAGUGACUGGAUUUUGACACAAUCAGAAAUACUAGCUAUUGUUUAUGCUGGAACUAUUGCAUCUGCCUUUAACUAUGCAGUCAUUAGUUGGUGCAACAAGAUAUUAGGGCCAGCUUUGGUUUCCCUAUACAAUCCACUUCAACCUGGAUUUUCUGCUCUACUGUCUCAGAUAUUCCUUGGAAGUCCAAUUUACUUGGGAAGUAUCAUAGGGGGGUCUUUCAUCAUUGCUGGUCUUUAUACUGUUACAUGGGCAUCUUAUAAAGAAAAACAGGCAAUUGUUGAAAUUACUUCUCAUGAAUCUUGGGUCUCCAAACCACUUAUUCAUGAAAAAACUGCACACCAAAGAGAUCAUAUAUUUUCAGCGUCCUCCAGCGCAUCAUAAAACCAAAAUCAUAUGAUUAAAAUGUAAAUCAUGGAAUGUCAAUAAAGAACGGCCUAGUGCACGAGGCUUCCACCAAGUAAAGUAUGGAAAGAGUAAAUAUACUCGGCCUUACCUCAGAGGAGAAAUUGUUUUCAGGAUUUGAAUGUGUGACUUCCAGAUCACAAGACACCAACUUUAUCGCUGUGCAAAUACUCGCCCUCUAGCUCAAAAUGUAAAUGCCUUGUAAAAAUUGGUUUUGGCAGUGAGAUCAAUAUGUUUACUGGCAUGUAAAUGAUGAUAACUCAGAAUGUCAUCAGAUAAAUUAUCUACACAAAUUCAAAUGUCAUCACAUUUAUGAAUAUUUUGCUCAUUGUUAAUUUGUUAUAGGUACAAAACUAACCAAUAUCUUCAUUAGUUAAGGUUAUUGCUGUUAACUCAAGUAAUAUUAUGUUUUCUGUGACAUCUACUUAUGUACAAUCUGAGUGUAUUGAUGACUUGACUUGAGUAUUAGAGAAGUUGAUAUGACUAUUUUUAA